AUGGUCUCAACAUACUCAAAAGACAGUGCUCUUAUACAUGCACCAAGGUCUAGCCGCCGACGGUGCCUCUGCCGCCGAACAAGGUCCUUGCCACCCAGCUUGGUCAUAAAGGAGACAUCUACUACUGCCACGACCACCACCACCGUGUCUGAUACUGAUACUGAUACGGAUACGGAUUCAAAAUCUGUUUCCCGUCGCCUUAUUUUGCUUCGCCAUGCUGAGAGCUCCUGGGAUGACCGUUUACUUCGAGAUCAUGACCGGCCACUGAGUAAAAGUGGAGAGCUUGAUGCUGCCAAAGUCUCUCAAAAGCUCCAGCAAUUGGGUUGGAUGCCUCAACUUAUUUUGUCUAGUGAUGCGUUGCGAACCAAGGAAACACUUAGAAUGAUGCAGCAACAAGUACCAGACUUUUUGGAUGCAGAGGUUCAUUUCAUUUCAAGUUUCUAUUCUAUUGCAGCUAUGGAUGGUCAGACUGCUGACCAUCUUCAGCAAGCUAUCUGCAAUUACUCAAGGGAUGACAUUCUUACUGUCAUGUGCAUGGGGCAUAAUAGAGGGUGGGAGGAGGCUGCCUCGAUGUUCUCUGGUGCCUCCAUAGAGCUAAAGUCAUGCAAUGCUGCUUUGCUUCAAGCUGCUGGAAAAUCCUGGGAAGAGGCAUUUGCUUCGGCGGGACUUGGCGGGUGGAAGCUUCAGGGCAUUGUAAAACCAAGACCUUUGGUACAGUUUGGGAAGACAAUAUCAUCCUCCGACUCAAGUAACCUUCCACAAUAUUGUGGAAAGAUGGAAACCAAUGCUGUGUCACUGGAGAUGUGCGUGGCUAAUUGGAUGACCUUGGAGAGCUUUGGUACCCUGAAUCGUCUCACUCUCAUGGGUUCCAAAGAGGUUGUUGACUUGCAUUUGCAUUAUUACCUGAAAUUUGUUGUCUUCAUGAUUUCCUUUUCUGCUUAA